UUAACCUAUGGACUGCUCUUUCUCUCCCCGUCUUUCUCUCGGGUGAAACCUUGAGUCUCCGGGAAAUCGCUAGAAUCAUAAUAUGAUCCGCGAAUCUUACCCACAAGGGUCCCCGUUCUUUCUUUUCCUUAGAUAUAGGCAAGUUCUUCUUCGGCGCGACGAACUUCCUGGCCCGUACGUUGAAUAACAAUGCCAGGGACCUUCGUACAUCGUAGAUGAAGCGUGCAGAUGUACAAGCCACGUCGUCGAAGGUCGUCCACAAGGACGUUUAUUCUUCGGUACCAUUGAUGAUCGCGGAAUGGACAGAAAAAGCACGAGGAGAUUUUCGAUGCAUCGACGCCAUCUGUGUCAUACGUAUCAUAUCAAACUGCGUGCAUUACGUGUAUGCAUCUUCAUACUCGGUGUGUGUUUGUGAUAAUACCUUUUGACAAGGUGCUGAUUAACGCGUAGUUUGGUUAAGGGAUUUUCCAAAGGAAUUACGAAGAGAAAGUAUGGCUGCCAAAAUAGCCGAAAUUUUCGACUCGUUUCAAAACUACCUAAGCGACGAGGAAGAAAUACGCGAGCAAACAAUUAUUUUCUGAUGAUACGCCAGUAUGUUUCGGAUCAGAAUGCUUUUGAUGUUAUACACUUUUAUCUGGAUUAUUGUACAAUCAUAAACAACAACGUUACAUUCAUCAAUUAUCUGUUCUCUUAAUUAUGCCUCGUACAGUCUAGGUUACAGUAGGUCGAUCGUUGAAUUUUUUGAACGGAUUACGGACGAUCAUGUUGCAAUACAAGUAAUACGUUUGUUCUUUGCCCCAAGGAAAUUCGUGGUAUCGUAAGGGAAAUCGAAAAGAGUUCCAGGGAAAUUCUGAUGAUUUUACAGAACAUUCACAAUGAGAACGAAACAGAAGAAAACAUAAUUGUUUCUCAGUACUGUGCAAAAUCCAGAGAUCUCCUAGAAGAUGUGCGUAAGAACUACGAGAAACUCGCAAGCGUCGUGCCAAAGGAUCAGUAUUACAGAUAUAACGACCAAUGGCGUUUUGUCACACAAAAAUUAUGCUUCCUAGUUUCCCUGAUAGUAUAUUUAGAAAUUCGGACUUUGGUUAGUAAAGAAGUGGUCGCACAAGUAUUAGGAGUUAAGAAUAAUAGAGAAGAGGGUUUUCACUUGGACCUGGAAGACUACUUAAUGGGUUUAUUGCAAUUAGCUGCAGAACUGAGUCGUUUCGCUGUAAAUAGUGUCACCAACGGUUAUUAUGAUCGGCCUAUAGAAAUAGCGCGUUUUAUAAACGAACUAAAUGCAGGGUUUAGGCUUUUGAAUUUGAAAAACGAUUCUUUAAGAAAACGUUUCGACGGGCUAAAGUAUUCUGUUAAGAAAGUGGAAGAGGUAGUUUACGAUCUUAGUAUAAGAGGCUUGAAACCAUCUACAAAUCCCGAAAAUUCGAAAGAAACAGACUAAUCACUUUUUCUCUAAAGAUUUUUUUAUAAGAAUAAUAUAUAUAUAUAUCGCAUACAUUGUCAAAUAAUAUAAAUUAUUCAAAUAAUUAUUU